AGAUGUCCUCGUCGGACGCUGAAACUGGCGUGGAAGCGAGCAAUUUAUCCACUAAACGACUUAGUAAUCAUAAUCCAUUAAGCAAUACACAAAAGGACAAGCUUCUUGUCAUCCAAUGGGAGCAUUUAAAUCUUUACAAAUUUUACCCGAUGGCGUUAUGCAGCUCAUGGACGAUUCGAUGUCUUUUAUAUCCAAUGUCGGUUGUGAAAAGUCGCUUACAGUUACAACGUCAGAAUAAUGUAUAUAAUGGAAUGCGGGAUGCCUUUGUGAAAAUUAUUCGACAAGAAGGAAUUGGGGCGCUUUACAAGGGCUUUUGGAUGACACUUCCGCAAUUAUCCGCAUCUUUCCUGUAUUCUUCAGCUUAUGAACGUGUACGCGAUCUACUUCAAACCCAUUUAAGUAUUAAAAAUCAUUCUGUAGUGUCAGCAUUAGCCGGUGGAAUCGCUUCUCCUUGUGCCCAACUAAUUUUCGUCCCUACUGAUAUUGUAGCUCAGCAUAUGAUGGUUCAUAAUAAUCCCGAAGCCUUUGGCGGAGGAAAACGAAAUAUUGCUGUUGCCGAUGCCAUUCGGAAUGAUGGUCUAGAAAAGAAAAGGACACUUGGACUGCGGGUAAUUCGAGCUGUGUAUAAAGUUGAUGGAAUUUCCGGUUUCUACAGGGGUUUUCUGUCCGCAAUUAUGCUUUACAUUCCGUCCACAAUGGUGUUCUGGUCUACAUACUACAAUUCUCUCUCCGUUUUCCGAAAAAUUCGUGAAAAAGUUACCGAAUUGGAAUACGGGGUGAAACCGAUGAGUGCUUCUGAAAUUGAUGAUAGGAAUUUGUUUUUGGAUCAAGCUGUUAGUGGUUCUAUUGGAGGAGUGGCUAGUGCGUGCGUAACAAACCCUUUGGAAAUGCUCAGGAUACGGUUACAAGUACAUCGAACAACAUACCGUGAAACAAUAAUCAGGUUAUGGAAAUACGAAAAAGCGCAAGUAUUUACUAAGGGUCUUGCACCGCGAUGUGUUAAUAAUGCAUUGUAUUCGAGCCUGGUGAUGCUGGCAUAUGAGAGUAUGUCUGCUACAAGAGUCACAUCAAGGUUUGAUAGAGUGAAUCAAUGGUUGAAAUUUUCGAGACAGUGGCAUAUUAUCGACGCCAAUCAGCAGGAUGCUGAAAGAAUCGGGCAGAAAGUCGCCAAUUAUCUCGCUGGCAAACACAAACCAAUCUAUCACCCAGAAACUGAUUGCGGCGAUCAUGUGGUGUUGACAAAUUGCAAGGAUAUCGCAAUGCAUGCGUUCGAUUGGAAACACACAAUCUAUGAAUUCAACAAGGAAUAUCCGAGAAGUAAGGCAGACAUACCAGCAUGGCAAAUCCAUGAAUACGAUCCAUGUCGAAUUGCUUUUUUGUCUGUGUAUAAGGCUUUGGGUAAUAAUAUGUUAAGGAGGAGACACAUUCAACGACUUCAUUUAUUUGCUGAUGAGGACAUGCCUGAAUUCGUGCGGAGAAAUAUUUCCAGUCAAUUAAGACAGGUUCAAGAUGUUGUGAAACGCCUUGACGAAUAUAGUGAAGAAGAGAGAAAGAAUGUUCCAAAUAUUUUGAAAUAUUCUCCGGGGCACGUUGUUGAUUGGGAAAAAAGCAUUGAGAGCCCUGGCAGACACGUCAAACCGGGACCGGGGCAAAAGGACAAAUAA